AUGGCCCAGGUCACUGUGGGCUCGGUUGCCGCAGAGGUUGCAGAUAACUAUGCACUCGACCAUGACAUCCAAAGCGACUCAGGCUUGGAAAGUCUUGACAACGAUUCCUCCUGGGACUCCGAUGUACAGAACUAUGACUGGGACUCUGACUGGUCGGACGAGGAUGCCACUCUUGCUAGACCUACGAAGAGGAUAGCUGUCAAUCGUGAUAAGCACGCCGAUUUCAUUGACUUGACUGACAAGCCAUCCCUUCCAGCACCAGGGACUAUGUCAACUCCAACAACUGCUGCGCCUGCAACACUCAUGGCGGCCGCUCCCUGUCAAUACUCUCAUGAUAUAGCCGCGUUGUCGGUUCAGAUCAUGGAGCUUUUUCCAGAUAUCUGCCGCGAAUAUCUGAAAGGACUUCUGUCUCGCUACGCGGAUAACAUGUCUCUCACUGGAUCGAAUGUGGCCUCUGGAAUGCUGUUGGCCAUGAAGGAGAUGGUGGUCGAGGAAAUCUUGGCCAACCCAUCAUAUCCCAAGCGCAAGCAACUGAAGAGAAAGAGAAAAGAUACCAAAGACGAUGACAAAGAUAAUAAAUGGACAUCUAUAAACCACAACGGGGAGCCUUGGUAUCAGGAAGCCGCGGAGAAGAAGAAUCUGUUCUCGGCUUGCCAAGCUCUGUCAACUACAGAAAAUGCGCCUGCACCUACUCGGCGGCCUUACGACAAAUUGAAACGGGCAAGAGUCCGCAGACAUAAGGAUAUACGCUUGGACAUAUACAAUCAUCCGGCCUAUGGAGAGUUGCAGAUGGAAGCGAAAGAUGCCAAGCUAAAGCUUGCCAAGGAUGCUGAGCUCAUUCAAAAUCAGAAAAGGCAAGAAGAGGCUGAGAGAAGGAACCAAGAGCAGCACGCCCGGGCGGGGACUCUAGUAGAGUGCCAAUGCUGCUAUUCUGAUGUUCCUCCAAACAGAACCAUAACAUGCGAAGGAGAGAAUGUUCAUUUCUUCUGCUUCUCCUGUAUCCGCAAGUCUGCAGAGACACAGAUUGGCCUCAUGAAGUACCAGCUUCAAUGCUUUGACACUAGCGGUUGUCAGGCUGGCUUUCCGCGCUCCGAGAUAAAGGAGGUGCUUGGAUCUUCGAUUAUGGCAAAAUUGGAUGCUCUCCAACAGCAAGACGAGAUCUCUCGUGCCAACAUCGAAGGGCUGGAAAGCUGCCCUUUCUGCGAAUUCAAGGCCAUCUGCCCACCGGUCGAGGAAGACCGGGAGUUCCGUUGCUGCAACCCAUCCUGUGAGGUGGUCAGCUGCCGGUUAUGCAAGGAUGUCACCCAUGUACCCAGAACGUGUGAAGAAGCGAAAAAAGACAGGGGCAUCUCCGAGCGCCACCUGGUCGAAGAAGCCAUGAGUGAGGCUCUGAUUCGCAAUUGCCCUCGAUGCAAACUCAAAAUCGUCAAGGAGUUCGGUUGCAACAAAAUGACAUGCCCGAGUUGCAGGUGCUGCAUGUGUUAUCUGUGUAAGAAAGACAUUACACGCGAACAAUAUGCUCAUUUCGGCUAUGGUCCCAACGCCUGUCCCGUCGAAGAUGAUCCCACGCGUGACCAGAAAGAGGUCGAACAAGCACAGAGGAAGACAAUCGAGGAGAUUCGGGCAGAGAAUCCCGGCCUCACCAGUGAGGAACUCCAGGUGAAACUUCCGGAGGCGAAUAACACAAAUCAGAGAAGGGAGCGGGCGAGGGCUCCUUACCACUUUCAUCGAGACCCGGCCUUCAAUGUUAUUAUGCAAGCUCAGCGCCAGGCUCGACUUGAAGCAAAUCAACAGCGUGCCUUGGAGCGGGAGGGACUUAACCCCUUUGCACAGGCCAUCGACGAUUUCCAGGGCUUCCUGGAUGCUAUACAGUUUCCUGCGUUUGGACAUCACGACAUGCCGGUUGCAAUUAACAAUCCACCCCCGGCCGGCCAACCCCAUCUUGACGCUCCCGGUGAGCAUCGUGUUCACGCAGGAGCAGGUUUGGCAGCCAACAUAACCGGUGCUAGACAGCUGGCGGGAGCUGGCCUGCGCAAUGAUCCUUUCCUCGUCGAUGAUCCCGUGCGAGUGAAUCAGAAUCAGCCAACCGGAUACGCUCCCUAUGAUCAGUACUUUCCACCUCCAAUGCUUGCGAAUGCUCAGCGAGGCAUCAUGCCUCCUGCUCCGCAUUACCUGAACGCAGAUCCAUACGGCUACCAAUACAUUGGACAACAACCACUACCAGCUUACAGAAAUGACUUUUAUCCUUUUUACUGA